CCUGUGUGUUUAUCUGUCCCGCAUAAAGAAAGUAGGACGCCAUUGCCAGCCGUUUGUAUUUUAAUGCUCAUGUUAAAACAUUAUACAUAGAAGAAUCUAUCGUUUCCAUUCGGUUUGCAGUUUUUUACAUUCAUUUAAUUUAGCGUUAGUGUGAUAUUUAGUCGUGAUAUAGGCGGUCCCCUGGCCGGAUUCUCUCGGCCAUAUUCGGCUUCAGUCGUGCAGCGUCGAUGGACGAGAGCGAGCCGGCGGCGAAGCGGCUCGGCUCAGCCGAAGCGGCGGAGAAGGAGGGGGCGGAAUCGGAGACUGAAUCGGAGGCCGAAGUGCCCACGAUGACUGUGAUGGGGGAAGCGGGAAACAUCGACAUUGCCGAGUCCCUGCCGAACCCAGACGACGCCGAAACGGCGUUUGCAGAGGUGACCACAGUCACUGUCGGCGGCGUCCAGACAGCAGAUGACAAUGUUUUCUCAACAUCUGUCGCUGCAGCAGCCUCCAUCCCUGAGCAUGUGCUUACAGGUCGGACGACUCUGCAGAUUGGGGACAAUCUCAGCACCCAAAAGGCCACUCUGAUUGUCGUGCACACAGAUGGCAGUAUAGUGGACGCCACAGGCCUGAAAGCCACCACUGCACCCCUGACUCCAGGCCCUCAAACUCCUUCUACCCCUCUGACCCCAAGCCAUGAGAAAGAUGUGUCCAAAUAUAACUGGGAUCCAUCUGUGUAUGACAAUGAGCUCCCAGUGCGCUGCAGGAACACCAGUGGUAUUCUCUACAAAAACAGACUGGGAUCAGGGGGCAAAGGACACUGCAUCAAACACAAUAAUAACUGGUAUACUCCCACGGAGUUUGAAGGGCUGGCAGGAAGGGCCAGCAGUAAGGACUGGAAGAGGAGCAUUCGCUAUGCAGGGCGACCUCUACAAUGCCUUAUACAGGAGCGCAUCCUCAACCCACACGCUGCAUCCUGUACAUGCGCAGCCUGCUGUGAUGAUCUAACUGUGAACAAAGAUGGAUCCUUUGGAGGAGAGAGUAUAUCUAUGACUGGUCCUGUGAGACUCUUUGUCCCCUACAAGAGACGGAAGAAAGAGAAUGAUCGUCCGGCUUCCCCAGAGAAGAAAGAUCCACAACCUCCCAAGAACAUCACUCUAGCACCCGGGGCUGCCUUUACAGUGUCCCCAUCAGGUCAGCUCACCACCUCAGGCACACUGACCUUCGACCGGACAGGAACAGCAGACACAACGGCCAUCAUUUCAGAGAGCCCAACGCCUUCAGAUGUCUUCAGCAGUACGACAGUUUUGACCACCUUGCCCGCUCUUGCUGUGGUCCCUCAACAGACAGUGGUGCAGACCAAAGCUCCUGUGGCCGGCGGAGUGGUCAACGGCCUGGAGACGAGCGAACAGCGCACCUGGCUCUACUUGGAAGAGACAGCUAACACACUGCUCAACACCGUCCAACAGCUCAAGACCCUCAUCGCCCAGGCCAAGCAAUCCAGCCAGGCCAACCAACAGGCCAGCAGUGGCCUUGACAAAAACUGCAACAGGAAGGAUUCUUUUCCUAGCCAGCUGUCGCUUGCUGAUGACCCGGAGGGGAAGAUUACUGAAAUUAUCAUCAAGCACACCUGUGUGAACUGCGGACGUGAGGCUUCAAAUGAAUGUGCCGGCUGCCGUAAAGUCCACUACUGUUCCAGCUUCUGCCAAAAAAAGGACUGGAAGGAUCACCAGCACAGCUGCUCUCAGCCCAGUGUAGGUGUGGGACUACACGACGAGGCUCAUAUAGCUACUGUGGAGGUAGAGAAAGUCAAGGCAUAGCCCCAGUAUAACAUCCAACCACAGGAAACAUCUCUCCCAAAGCAAAGACUCAGGUUGGAUAAGAUGGCUGUAUUUUUGUGAAGCACUGGUAUUUAUUUUGUUUGUUGGACAAGUCAGCCAGGACUCUUAACCGGAGACAGAAUAAAAUAAAAGAAGAUGCAAAACUAUUUCUACAUGCUGACUGGGUCUGUGAACCUGAGAUGAUGCUCUGUUUUUGGAGUAUGCAUUCUAAAGCCUGAAAUGGACAUCACAACACCUCAAGACCAGUUUUUUUUUGUCACUAUUACAUAACAGAUGCCUUUUACCAGCCCCCUUCUACAGAGUAGCAAUACAAUCUCUUUUAAUUAAUAAGACCUUCCCUGCUGCAUUUCUGACUCUCUCUUCAAAUCAAAUAAUAGGCUGGAUAGUCUGAAACGAGCGUGCAUUCUCAAGUGAACAAGGAAUUGGUUUUAGGGAGAAAAUGCUGAAUAUAACAGUUCCUGAUUUGGAUUUUAAGGGCUAAAUGGCUUAAAUAAGGAAAAAAAGGAAAAAUAUGGAAUGAAUAGACUGUAGCAGGGAGCGGUUGGUGUGAUUCAAUUUGUCCCAUCCUAAAAGAAGAAGCAAAGAAAAAUCAUAAUUUUAUUAUCUACAAGUUGCAUAUUUAAUAGUAUUUUAAUUGAAGUGGUUAAAUGUUACAAGAUGACAGUGAGGUGCUCCAGUGAGAUACCCCAACUAAUCUAAGUUCAAGAACAGGAAUGUGGAACAAUGACUGACUUAUCAGUACUUUGCUUUUGACCUUAAACUGUAGUGAUGGCAUCUUUCUCACCAAACUUAAAAUGAUAUACAUGAUUGUUUCAUACCAACAAAUACCCACUGAUGCACAACUUUACCGUUACUGCAAUGUCUGAUGUAUGAUUGUAAAAUAAACCUAUUUAUAUUUGACAAUAAAUUUACAAACAAUCUUCAGUCAAGGGAGAACUCUCAUUAAUUUCAUAAUCCUAAUAUUUGGAAUUAAUGAAGAAAAAAGCAUUUUAAUUUUAAUAAAAUUUUACUUCACUUAAUCAAUUAAUUACUUAAUUGCUUAAAUCAAUUUAUAGCUUUAUUAGAAUCAAACUCAACCAAACAUGACAUCUGAGCCACCAGAUUCACCAUGUGAGAUCAUAUGGCUAUGCCGUGUGUAACCUUUAUUGGUUUGAGCUUUGAAGAUGUUACUUGUUUAUUGGAAACUUUUCAAAACAGAAAUGGUUUUCUUUAUUGUUUAAUGAGUGAUCCUUGAGUUUCUGUGUUUUGUAGCUCAUGUCAGAGCAGUCUGCACUGUAUUUGGUGUUUUUGCACUACAAAAAUCUGCUUGUUCUAAUGAGAAAUGUGUUUUAACUGCUUUGAACGUACAUCGUUAUAUUUAAAUGUGUAUAUUUGA